GCUUUCAACUCUGGCUGUUGGCAGAGGUUGGGGACCAAGGUUAACGAAGGUCGGCCUCGCUGAUUUCUCAUUGCCUUGGUUGGUUCAGAAGUCAAAGUAUUUGAAUUGUGAUUCUUGAAACAGGAGUAAAGAUACUUAAGUCAUGGAUAUGAAGGAAAAUGUGCUUAGAAGAAGGGUUUCUUCUCAACUUCACCCUAGACAAAGGGAUUUAGAUGUCUUGCAGCAUAUAAUCAAAAACAGGAGUUCAUUUAUGCAACAAUAUGAUAAAAGUGACCAACCAAAUCCUCCACAGAAUUCUUUUAGAAACGUUUCAGAUAUGUAUGAAAGACUGAGGAGGAAAAAAUAUGAGAAGAUGGAAACCAAGCCAAGACUAAGCUCACGGAAACUUGAAAAUAGAAAAGCUCAAAAUAAGAUAACCUUUGAUGACAAUCAAUCUACUUCAGCUACAGAAACAGAUAGAGCACAAGAACACAUGGCUUUAAUUUCUCCUAGCAUUUUAUCAUAUGAAGAACAACUUUCAGAUUUUGAGAAGAAGGAAAAAAUAAAAGAAGACAGGAAGAAAGUACUUGAUUAUCUGAAGAAAGAUUUUGCAAACCGCAUUCUAUAUGAUCCAACAAUACCAAAGGAUGAUAAUCUUGUAAGAAAUAUUUUAAGACUAAGAGAGAAGCUGAAAUGGAAAACUGAAUUUACAACACGUGGGUUUGCAAUUAAAAAAACUAAAGAUGUUCGUCUGAAGACUCCAUUUAUGGAUUCAUUAGAAAUAAAAGAUGAUGGAGAAUAUGUAUAUGGCCUUCUCAGAAAUAGAAAUGAAUACAGAGCUCUCUAUAAUCCAUAUGAUAUUCAAGUGGUUUCUGCAAAUGACGCAAGAACCCUCCAAGAAUUUUGGAUUAUUACAGCUUCAUUUAUCUCAAAGGUUACUCGAAUUGGUAAGAACGAAGAAAUAGAAAUGAUACCUGUCAUGGAAUGGCUUGAGGAAAGAAAUCACUUCAUUGCAUUUCGUAAAAUUGACUUCUUUUUCAUGUUCCGAUUGAUGUUGUACAAGCAACUUUUUUGGGCCGAUAAAUUAUUUCAAAGAUGUUUGCUUCAAAUACGGAACAUUUGUGAAAAUGCAAGUAACCUCACAAGAGGCAGGCUCUUUGAAGAUAAUCCUGCUGCUAUUCUUCUGAUAAAGCUGGACCGAUUUCAUACAUACUCUCUGGAUGAGUUUUGUGAGGACCAGUUACGGCAGACUGGUGAAGCACUAAAACAACUAGAGGAACUUAAGGGAAAAAUCGUUGUACUGAUUAAAAGUACAUUUUUAGAGGCUGCAGAAAAUAAUGGAAUAAAAAGUUAUUUUGAGAAGGAACCACUUGAAAACAAGAUAGAACAUAUAAAGGCACCUACACACCGCCGUAUGAUAGAAAAAUUUUCAAGAUUUCUUAAAUUAGUUGACUACUUAUUCCAAGAACUCAUCCGACAGCUGGUGCAGACUUCAGUCAAACUAUUUUUGGAUUUACUUAGUAAAUCUAGCAGAGUGGGAUGUUCAGCAGAAAAACGAAAUAAAGACCUCAUACAGGCAACAAGGGAGAGCGUGUUGUUCAAAGUGCCAGAAAAUAUGAAUGAUGAUGAAGAAAAUUGUAAGACAGAAAUUGAUAUCAGUAUUUCACAAGAUGAUGUUAUAAAGAAUUUCAGUUUGAGACAAGAGUCAAAGAAGCAAAGCGAGGCAGUAUUUGAAGUACAAGUAUAUUUGACAACUCCUCAAAAAUCUUUUCAUGAGAAGCAUGAGUCACUUGAGAAAAAAGAAUCUUUGGAUGAAAUUAAAUCAGAUGAUCCAUCCAACAUACCCACCAAUAAGGAAGUUGAAUUAUCUCCCAAAGUUCCAGGACUAAAAUCUAUAUUACGAAACAAAGAUGAAGGAAAUAUUGCUGAAGAAACAUCUACAACAGACAAAGAAGAUGGUCACUCAAUCAGGCUCACAGACGUUCCAGAAUUCCAUGCAAAUCUCUUUCUAACUCCCAACAGAUUGGAAUUCUCUAACAAAAUUCAGGAAGUGAUAAAUAAUUUUGAAAAAACUCGUUUCAUUCCUUUCAGUCAAGAUCAGCGUCUGUUUAUCUUUGUCUUUAAUCCUAUGACUAUGGAAGUACCUAGUGAACAAGAAUUGAAGAGACAAAAAAGGCUGAUAAGAUGGCCAGAUCACUCUGUCCUAUUUGAAAUGGAUCCUCUUUAUCAAAAAAAUAUUGUAAACCUUCUGACCAUUGUUGGUAAUUCAAUGGCACGAGUUGAACGUUAUAGCCACCAAUUUCUUCAGUUUUGUACCAUGGUAGAACAAGCAAAGAAAAUGGCAUAUAAAAUAUCAAAAAUACAAGAACAUUUAACCUCAAAUGACUUUAGAGAUAUUUUGGAUGUAUACACAGACUAUUUUAGAGAUGUUGUUUAUAUGCCUAUUGAGAAACGCAUUGAAAUUAUCAAAGUUGUGAGUCUCGAAUAUCAAUCAAGUUGCUUACCAUAUGUUCAAGACGUCAUUAAAAUGAGUCAUGCAUUGUUGGAGACCAUUAUUCAAAAAAAGAAUACAAGCCUCUUUGAAAUUAUCCAGUCAUCAUUAUUAAAGCUUAGCAGUGAACUCACAGGUGUGGAAGAAUUUGUGGAACACUUGACGUUCUUAGAUUAUAUUUCAUCAAAAAUGCCUUCACUAGAUAGAGAAUAUUAUAUUAUCUCCCAAAUGUAUUCAGUCACAAAACGCUACAACGUCACUAUUUCACCAGAACAAGUUGCAUUGCUUCAUGUUCUUCUUUUCAAAUAUAAGCAACUUAAAAUAACUUUUAAAUUUCAUGAAUCAAAUAAGGAUAAUGCUAUUAUUAGAUUCAAGACAAAUUUGGAUGGGUAUAUGUUCAAUUUGAAGAAUGAAAUUAGAGACCUGAAGAUCAAGGUAAAAAAUCCUGUUCUUGUACAUCCUGCUACUCGGCCAGCAACUGCUUUGGAAAUUAUUGAGAACCUCUCAGAAGAAACUUCAGUUCUAUCCAAUAAAGCUCAGACUUACUCAAAUUAUCAGGAUUAUUUUGAGAGUUCUACUUCAAUGAGAAUGGUAGCUUUAGAGAGGAAUAUUGCAAACACUGUGAUGUCAGAAAUCUCAGAAAUUGAAUGUGAUUUAACUUUGAGGAAAAUUUUAUGGGAAGCACAAGUGGAAUGGGCAAAUCUGUCUCCUGUGUGGAAGCAAAGCAUUUUUGGGACUAUUAAUGUAGAUUUAAUCCAGAAGAGUGUUACAAGAUGGAUGCAUAUGAUUUAUAUGUUGGAUAAAGGCAUACCAAAAAAUUCUAUGAUAAAAUCUCUUAAGCAAUCAGUAUUGAAUUUUAAACAAAGCUUGCCUACCAUCGUGGCUUUGGUAAAUCCUUGUCUUAAACAUCGGCAUUGGGAUGCAAUACAGGCAAUUAUUGGGGAGGAGUUUAUUUUGGAUAAACAAUGCACAGUACAACAACUAAUAGACCUUGAGUUGUAUCAACAUGAAGAAAGAAUCAUUGAAAUAUCAACAGUGGCAACAAAUGAAGCUGCUCUGGAAAAAAUGCUGUUGAAGAUUAUUGAGCUUUGGGGCCAUACUCCUAUACGUUUGACUGUCCAUCAAACAGAAGCUUCUGAGAUCCUUAUUAUUUCAUCUCUGGAUGAUGUAUUAGCUCAAUUAGAGGAAUCUCAAGUUAUAAUUUCAACAAUUAAAGCAUCUCCCUAUCUUGGAGCAAUGAAGGCUCUUGCAGAUGAUUGGCAUCAGAAAUUGGAUCUCUUCUCUCACACUUUGGAUGACUGGAUGACAUGUCAGAGAAACUGGCUUUAUCUUGAACCCAUUUUUUUUGCUCCUGAAAUACAAAGACAGCUUUCAAAAGAAGCAAAGCUUUUUGCUAAAGUGACUUCUAUGUGGAAAGAAAUAACGUCAAAAGUAAACAAUAAACCUGAUGCUUUGAGAAGAGUCAUAUCAGUAGAAGUCAUUGAAAUGUUGCAAAGUAGCUCUCUGUAUCUUGAAAAAAUAAAGAAAAGUCUUGAGGAAUAUCUUGAAGUGAAGAGAAUGAUUUUCCCAAGAUUUUACUUUCUCAGUAAUGCUGAACUCAUUGAAAUUCUGUCUGAAAGCAAAAAUCCUGAAGCUAUCCAGCCUCAUCUUAUGAAAUGUUUUGAGAAUAUAAGACAUUUGUUUAUAUGGAGAAAAGAAUCGGGUCCUCCUCUGGUCACAUUGCUCAUAUCAGCGGAAGGUGAAACACUACUUCUGCCAAAGAAAGUUCAUGUAAAAACUUUUGUAGAACAAUGGUUGGUAGAUGUGGAGAAGAGCAUGUUUGAUACAGUAAAAAUGUUUAUAAAUAAAGGAGUUGAUGAAUGGGAUGAGAGAAAUUUUAGAAAAUGGAUAAAAUCUCAUCCAGGACAAGUGGUACUUCUUGUGAGCCAAAUAAUAUUUACUAAGAACUGCACCGAAAGUUUUAAGAGUCCUAAACCAGGCUUGAAAUUGAAAGAAGUGCUUGAGAAAUUGAAAAGCUCCCUGGAACAGCUUGCAGACCUCGUAGUGUGUGAUACUCUUCAUUUUCGAGUAAAAACUACCCUAGAGGCAUUGCUUACCAUUUAUGUUCACUGCAGAGAUGUAUUGACAGAUUUGAUAGACCACAGUAUCUAUGAUGAAUAUGAUUUUGAAUGGACAAGGCAACUGCGUUAUAAAUGGGAUGGUAAGCAGAAGACAUGCUUUGUAUUACAAGGACAUGCAACCUUUACUUAUGGCUUUGAGUACUUGGGCUGCACCUCUCGAUUGGUUAUUACACCUCUUACAGCACGAUGCAUGUUAACUCUCUCCAGUGCACUUCACUUGAAUCUUGGAGGUUGCCCUGCUGGUCCAGCAGGCACAGGGAAAACAGAGACUGUCAAGGACCUCGCAAAAGCCUUAGGCAAGCAUUGUGUGGUCUUCAAUUGUUUUGAAGAUUUGGAUUAUAAGAUGAUGGGGAAAUUCUUCUUUGGAAUAGUUCAAUCUGGAGCAUGGUGUUGUUUUGAUGAGUUCAAUCGAAUUGACAUGGAAGUACUCUCUGUCAUUGCCUCCCAGAUGCAAACAAUUAAGGCAGCUAAAGAUAAUAAUUCUGAAAGGUUUUUACUAGAAGGAAAAGAUAUUCCAAUCAACCUCUCCUGUGCAAUCUUUGUCACUUUGAAUCCUGGAUACAAAGGACGUGUGGAACUCCCAGAUAAUUUAAAAGCUCUGUUUCGUCCAGUGGUGAUGAUGCUACCCCAUUAUCAACUGAUUGCUGAAAUUAUGCUGUUUGCAGCAGGUUUCAAAUCUGCCAAACCACUGUCAGCCAAACUCAUUAACCUUUAUGAACUAGCUAGCAAGCAACUUUCAUACCAGGAUCAUUAUGACUUUGGCAUGAGAGCUAUAAAGACAGUGCUAAUUAUGGCUGGUCAAAAGAAACAGGAGUACAGAAUGAACACUAAGGGAGAUCUUUCUGAAAAUGAAGAAGUUAUGGUCAUUAUAUGGGCAGUGAGAGAAGCUAGUUUACCCAAGUUUCUUCCUGAAGAUACUCCACUUUUUGAAAGCAUUCUGGGAGAUAUAUUCCCCAAAACUGAAGUUCCAGAUGUGAAGAAUCCUUUCUUGGAGGACGCAAUAGACAGGGUGACCGAGCAACUAGGUUUACAACCUUGGCCAUCUCAGAAAAAAAAGGUUACAGAGUUUUAUAAUCAAGUCCAGGCUUCUAUUGGUGUGAUGUUAGUAGGUCCAACAGGAGGAGGGAAGACUACAGUAAGAAAAAUUUUAGAAAAUGCUUUGAUUGUUUUACCUACUUUAAGCACAUUUGCAACUGAAGAACAGGAAAAGACUCCACAGGUGACGGGAAAAAGUGGGAAAGUAGAGAUUUUCACUUUAAAUCCAAAAUGUAUUACUCUUGGUGAACUCUAUGGUCAAAUGGGUACGGACAACGUGGAAUGGAUUGAUGGAUUAUUGUCAUCAUCAGUGAGAAAAUUUGUAAAUUAUGGCACUAAAAAGAAAACAAAGAGGGAGUUAGAGCUUGAAGGAAAUUUACACAUUUCGGAUUUCCCUAAUAUGUUCAUACUUGAUCCUAAUGACAAAGCAGAGUUAAUACAACAUGAAGGUGAGGAUGAGGAGGAAAUGGAGAAAGAUGUUCAAUCCCCAAAUCGUUAUCUAAAAAUUACAGAUUGGCAGUGGAUAGUGUUUGAUGGUCCAGUUGACACCGUAUGGAUAGAAAACCUAAACACUGUGCUAGAUGAUAACAAAACUUUGUGCCUUGCUAACAGUGAAAGAAUCAUUUUAACUGAUAGCAUAAGAAUGAUUUUUGAAGUGGAUAAUCUCUCUCAGGCCAGUCCUGCUACAAUCACUCGAUGUGCAAUGGUCUAUUUGGAUCCUGCUGAUCUAGGAUGGCAGCCAUUUGUUAAAACAUGGCUUAUAAAAGUUUCAUCAUUUCUUCCACAAACAGCAUUAGAUCAUCUUGAACAAAUGUUUAAAAAAAGUGUGGAAGAAGGUCUAUUAUUUUUAAGGAAGAAUAAUAAUAUGCAGCCAUUCUCUGUACUUGAAAUACCAAUUUUAACAAAUCUCUGCAGGAUUCUUGAUGUUUUUUUUGAUUUCAUGAAAAAUAAUGGAGUUUUUGGUAAAUCUAUUGAUCCAACUCUAAUAUCAAAAAUAAGCCCAAAAAAUAGAUUUGGUGUUAGAGUCAGGCCGCGAGACAUUGAAAAAUUGAAAAGAACCAUUCUCACUGACCAAGAAAGGGGAUCGAAGUGGUUUCUUCAGAGAAAUCCUGAAAAUUUAUGUCUAAUGCUUGAUAAGCUUUUUGUGUUUGCAUUUACUUGGUCAUUUGGAGGAAUUUUGAAACGUGAAGAUGAACAUGAAGAUGAUAUCUUGUUUGGCUCAGGGCAUGGAUUUGCGGCUCUCCGGAAAAUAACCUAUGACUUCGACAACCUUGUUCAUGAAUUGUUUGGAGGAGAUCCACCAUAUGGUAUCCGCUUGCCAACAGGAGAACGUACAAUCUUUGCUUAUUUUGUGGAUUUUCAGAAUUGUGAUUUCAUACCUUGGUCAAAUUUAAUUCCUAAUUCAGAAAGUUUAAUUCACGGAUCUUCAUACGGAAGUGGUUUUCAAGCAUCCAUGGAUAUAAUCAAGCAGAAUUACAUAGAGUUUAAUCAUCACUUUGCUACUAGAGAUUCAGUAUCUUACUCCUUUUUGAUGACUCUUUUUUUAAAGAACAAAUAUCCUGUACUAAUUGCAGGAGAGUCUGGCGUUGGGAAGUCUGCUGUCAUUAACCAAAUGCUUGAUAGACUUCAGGGCUCAGGGGAAUUACAGAUAAAAUAUGGAACUAUUUUAGGAGAAGUUUUUUUCCUACAAGACAAUCUCUCCUUGUUAAUUUCAGACAGCUUUAAGACACCAAGAGAUUUAGCUUUCCUGGGAGAAGAUCAUCACUGGAUUAAAGAUGAAGAAAGUGAAGAAAUGCAUGCUAAACUUGAAAAAUACAUUAUUGUAUCCUCAAUAAAAUUUAGUGCCAAUACAACUGCUGCCAAAACCCAGGAGUUGAUUCUUAAGAAAUUGAUACGAAAAGCUAAAAACGUUUAUGGAGCACCACAAAAUAGCCAGGCGAUAGUAUUUAUUGACGAUCUGAAUUCACCAGUGCCAGAAAAGUAUGGAGCACAACCACCCCUGGAAUUGAUCAGACAAUUUUUAGAUUUAGGAGGAUUUUAUAAUACUGAACAACUUCAAUGGAAGGAUGUUGAAGAUGUCUCUCUAGUUGCAGCUUGUGGUAUUCCACCUGGUGGGAAAAGUGAUCUCAGUCCACGUCUCAUCAAACAUUUUUUCACACUAGUAAUGCCUCAUCCUCCACAAUUUGCCUUAUAUACUAUUCUUCAGGUUCAUCUGGGAAUCCACAUGCAUAGCAAUGCCUUCCUCUCUGAUGUUCAGAAGUGCAAGCAACAACUGGCAGAACUCUCCCUCUCUAUAUACUAUCAUGUAUGUCACAACCUGUUACCGACCCCAGCUAAGUGUCACUACAUAUUUAGUCUUCGAGAUCUAUUUAAGCUACUCAGUGGAUUAUUACAAGCUAACAAGUCAGUUAUUGUGUCUAAAGAAACUCUUGCCUUGUUCUUUAUACAUGAAGCAACUCGAGUAUUUCAUGAUCGCUUAAUUAAUUCUGAGGAAAGAAUAUAUUUUUUCCAGCUUCUUUCAACUGAAUUAGAAAUCUAUUUUGAGCUUGUAUGGCACAGAGACAAAAUAAUGGAUGAUUUACCUAUUUUUGUGGAUUUUUUGGAUGUAAACAAACCUCACAAAAGAAGGAUCUAUCAGAACUGUAAUAACUACAAAAAACUUGCAGACGUACUUUCUGAAUUCCAGUUAUCAUUGGGCUCAAGUGGUUUUGAGCUUUCAAAUUCAAUGGUGUUCUUCAAGGAAGCCACAGAACAUGUUUGCAGAGCUUCAAGAAUUCUUCGACAAUCAGGGAGCCACAUGUUGUUGAUUGGAAUAGAAGGAUGUGGAAAAGAAACAUGUGCCACUGUUGCCUCUUAUUUGGGAGAGUGUAAACUCAACAGAUUAGCUACAGCUCGUACUUAUGGUCACCUGGAAUUCAGAGAAGACUUAAAACAAGUCUUUCUACAAACAGGAUUAGAAGGAAGACCUACAGUUUUGCUUAUCAUUGAUCUACAUCUAACUCAGGAGUCUGUUUUAGAAGAUUUGAACUGCGUUCUCAAUUCAGGAACUAUGCCUGAUUUAUUUGAAUAUGAAGAAUUGGAUAAUAUAGCAUCAGGUCUUAGAAAUCUUGCUGAAGAAGUCAGUACUGAUGACAGCCAACAAGCUUUGCUCCUGUAUUUCCAAAAGAGAAUUGCAAGAAAUCUUCAUAUUUUUAUGACUGUAAGUCCUGCAGGACCCAAUUUCCGCCAGCGUUGUCGUAGAUACCCAGCCUUGAUUACGUGCAGCACAGUUGACUGGUAUGAGAGGUGGCCCGAUGAAGCUCUUUUUACUGUAGCAAUGUCUCAUUUAAAGCAAAAACAUGGCCUGGAGAUCAAAGAGGAAUUAACACCCAAACUCUCUGACACAUGUGUUCAAUUCCACAGUACUAUUAUUAAUAUGAAUAUCAGAUUUUGGAAGGAAACUAAAAGACAUUAUUAUAUCACUCCAAGUAGCUAUCUGCAUUUUAUAGGUACCUUUACACACAUCUUGAAAUCAAGGAAAAGGAAAAUGAUGGUAAAAAGGGAACGUUUUAGUAAUGGCCUUGCAAAGAUUCUGGAAGCAUCACUGCUAGUUUCGAAAAUGCAUGAAGAGCUUGUCAUCCUCGGUCCUCAAAUAGAAAAAAAAACUAAGGAAACAGAUAUCCUCAUGAAAAAAUUAAAGAAAGAUUCAGAAGUUGUGCAGCAAGUACAGGCCCUUGUAAAAGAAGAUGAAGAAUUGAUGACUCAGGAAGUAAUAAUUGUACAAGAAUAUGCUGAGAAAACACAAGAAGAACUAAACAGGGUGAUACCAGCUUUUGAAGAGGCAGUAAUGGCUCUGAAUGCCCUCGAUAAAAGUGACAUAUCUGAAAUAAGAGUGUACACACAUCCGCCCUAUCUCGUACUGACUGUCAUGAAUGCAGUCUGUGUCCUCCUGGAAGAGGAACCCAAUUGGGCAACCGCAAAACGACUCCUUGCACAUCCUAGAUUCCUAAAAACGUUGAUUACCAUGGAUAAGGAUACUAUAUCCGAAAAGGCAUUUACAAAACUAAAAAGUUAUUUAAAUUUACCUGAUUUCACUCCAAGAAAGAUUGCUCAAGUGUCUGUUGCCUGUUGUUCCAUGUGCCAGUGGGUGAUAGCUUUAAAUAAUUACCAUCAAGUACGGAAGAUGUUGCAACCAAAACAACGCCAAGUAGCUGAAGCUCAAAGAAUACUCCAGCUUGGUCGAGAAAAACUGGCAGAAAAACAAAAGGGUUUAGAAUUGGUUGAAGAACAUUUGAACUCUUUACAACUUGCCUACAGUGAUACUGUCUCUGAUAAAGAAUUCUUAGCAGAACGGAAACAGAAGACAACUAAACGCUUAAAUACUGCUUCUGUUUUACUAACAGCUCUACGAGAUGAAAGGGAUCGAUGGGAAGAAAUGGUGAACUUAAUAGACCAACGCGUGGAAGGAAUUGUAGGUGAUAUACUUAUUGCAUCAGCAUGUAUUGUCUACAGUGGAGUGUUCCCAACAGAGUACCGCCAAUUAAUUGUGGAAGAAUGGGAACAGGUCUGUGUUGAAAAAAACAUUUCUACAUCAGCCCGCUUUUCUUUAAUUGACGUCAUGGGAAAUCAGCAUGAGAUACGCCAGUGGCAUAAUCAAGGUUUGCCCCUUGGCCAGUAUUCAGCAGAAAAUGCCAUCUUGGCUAAGAGUGGAUUGAAGUGGCCCUUGCUAAUUGAUCCACAUAAACAAGCCUACAAUUGGCUCCAUCAUAUGGAAGAAGGAAGACUACAGGAGGUUGAUAUUGAUGAUGCUAAUUACAUUAAAGUAAUUGAAAAUGCUAUGAAAACUGGAGGAUGUAUUCUCUUAAAGAAUCUUCCUGAAACAUUAGAUCCAAGUUUAAAAGCCAUCUUAAAAAAGGACAUCUAUCACAAAAGAGGACAACCUUUUAUCAAGAUUGAUGAAAACGAGAUUGAAUAUAAUUACAACUUUAGGUUAUAUGUAACGACAGAACUAGGCAACCCACAUUUUCUUCCAUCCGUUUAUAAUUACGUAACCAUGAUCAACUUCACAGUGACAUUCCAAGGUCUGCAGGACCAGCUCUUAUCCACUGUCAUGAUUCAUGAAGUCCCUAAAUUAGAGGAUCAACGCUAUGUGUUGUUAGAGAACAUUGCUGCUGAUCGUUUAACCCUCCGGGAACUAGAAGAAAAAUCAUUGAGUUUAUUGCAAAAAGCACAUGGUUGCAUAUUGGAUGAUGAUGCCAUUAUAGAAAAUUUAAGAAAAUCCAAACAAACAUCCAUUGAAGUUUCAGAACGCAUCAAGGUAGCAGAAAAAACUGAAAAUGAAUUUCAAAUGACCCGUAAAAACUAUCUUCCCAUUGCAACAAGGGGAGCGUUGCUCUAUUUUUUAGUAGCAGGUCUGGCACAGAUCAACUAUAUGUACCAAUUUUCUUUGGAUUGGUUCCGGGACAUGUUUGUGAUGUCUGUAACCUACAAGGCUAAUAAAAUUCAAGAAAAAUCUCAAUUUGCUUCUGUUGUAAGAAAAGUGCAAGUGUUUCAGAGACUGCAGAAGUACCAAGAUGAAAAACCCGACCCUCUGAAGGACAGAGUACGCUUUAAUAAUUAUAUUGCAGAUUUAGUCGAGUUACUGACAGAAAGCAUUUAUAAGGUCGUUUCUUCAGCACUGUUUAACAAAAAUAAACUUUGCUUCUCCUUUCGGCUUUGUACCUUAAUCCUGCAAAAUAAUUGUGAUGGAUCUCAAAUCCUAAAUAGUACAGAAUGUUUACCAGAGGAAGAAUGGAAUAUCUUCUUGUACUCUAACCUACUGAUAAAUAUUGAGGACAAAUUACCCCAGGCUAAAAAUGAAGAUUUAGAUGAACUCAGAAAAGCUGAGCAUCUUUUCUGGCUUUCUGAAUCCAGGUUAAAAGAGUGUCAGUUCAUCUGCCAUCGCAUACAACCAUUUGCUCUUUUAUGUCAAUCUCUUUUGUCAAAUAAAUCACAAUGGAAUUAUUUUUUGAACAGUAAAGGUAUAUAUUUCCUAAUGAGCAAACCUUACAUUUCCUCAAAUUCAAAAGAAAAAAUAAAAAUCCUUAAACCAGGAUCUUUAAAUACUUCUGUGCAAAGAUUUGUUACUGAAAAAUUGGGAUAUAAUUAUCUUCAUACAGCUGGAAUUAAUUUAAAGGAAGUGUUUAGCGAGUCUAGUGCCAGAAUUCCACUAAUAUUCAUCCAUUCUCAUGGAACAGAUCCCACAACUCUCCUGCUGAGAUUUGCACAGGAGAUGAAAGGAACUACAGAUCAUGUGACCAUGAUUUCUUUGGGACGUGGCCAAGGAAUUAAAGCUGAAGAAUUGAUCUACAAGGCAAAAAUAAAGCAGGGCCAAUGGGUCUUUCUCCAGAACUGCCAUCUUGCUGCAUCCUUUAUGCCAAGAUUGUGUGCAAUUGUUGAUGGAUUUAAUUUUUCAAAACUAGACCCCGAAUUCAGACUGUGGUUGAGCUCAAAACCAGACAAUUCCUUCCCUAUAGAUAUUCUACAGAAGAGUUUGAAGAUAACAGUAGAAUCUCCCGAGGGUGUGAAGGCAAAUCUCCUUCAGUCAUUUGGGUAUCAUGGCAGUGGAGAGGUUACAGAAGAGAUAUAUGAGAACACUAAAUGUGGACCAUCAUGGAAAAAACUUUUAUUCAGCAUCACUUUCUUCAAUGCUGUAGUCAAUGAAAGAAAAAAGUAUGGAACAUUAGGCUGGAAUGUCCCAUAUGAAUUUAGUUCUUCAGAUUUGGAGGUCACCAUCAAAAUGUUGACAAUUCUCCUGACUGAAAAGUUAGAAAUUCCUUGGGAAGCAAUAUAUUAUUUGACAGGAGAAAUAAUUUAUGGAGGCCGAGUGACAGAUUCCUGGGAUAGGCUCUGCUUACUAGCACUUCUAAAAAAAUUUUGUAAUCCUGAUGUGUUGAAGGAAGACUUCAGUUUUACUGAUAAUGGGUUGUAUCCAAUGCUACCCGACUGUGCCAACUUGACAGAAUGUAGAGAGUACAUAGAAUCCCUCCCAGAUUUUGAAUUGCCCGACAUGCUUGGAAUGCACCAGCAGACUUCAAGGAUUUUUCAAGAAUCCCAAUCCCAAGACCUUAUUGACACCAUCAUCGCUAUGCAACCAAGAAUUACUAUUAUCAACAUAAUCACUGGGAGUGGAAAGAGCCAAGAUGAGCUGGUGCUAGAAAUCUUAUUGGAUGUGAUCAAGCGAUUGCCUAUGACUGUAGAGCAAGAACCAGUAGUUACUGAAAUCAAAGAAAUCAUUCCAACUACAUUGUUAUCCAUAAUUUCAAGUAAUGUUUGGGUUACAAUUAAUAGAAAUAUCAAAGGUUAUGAUUCUCUCCUCCAUUCUGCAUUGUUAACAUUCCUAUGUCAAGAAAUUGGUCGAUUUGAUAAGUUAUUAUCCCUAAUCCACCAGUCCCUGGAAGAACUCCAGGGGGCUGUCAGAGGUGAAAGCACCAUUAACCAGAAGCUGGAACUGAUCUAUGAUUGUCUUAUCAAAAACAAAGUGCCUAAGUUAUGGCAGCAAAAAUCUUAUGAAACUGAAAAGGGAUUGUCUGCCUGGACCACCUUUCUUCUCCUACGACUGGCAUUCAUCCAGAACUGGGCAAAAGUGACCUACGAUGCUAUACAUUAUAGAUAUAGUAAAAUAACUACCACUUGGAAGUAUUCCUUUAUAAAUCGGAAUAAAAGAUUUGAAGAGAAUGAAGAGCUAGAAGAGCAAGAUCCCAGUAAAUCCUUUCCCACCAAAUUCUGGCUUCCAACUUUCUUCUUUCCACAAGGUUUCUUUAUAGCCGUACUCCAAAAUUAUGCAAGAUCCAAAAAAAUCUCUGUAGACUGUGUUCAAUUUGUCUAUCAUGUAAUCAGUGACCCCCAAGAAGAAACAUUUUCUAGAAGUCUCGCACCUAAAGAGUACAUACUGAAGAAGGCAUUUAAGGACGUUGAAAGGAAUAAAGUUGGAGUUAAAAUUUUUGGUUUAUAUAUGGAAGGAGCAAAAUGGAACACAGAAGAAAAAUACUUGGAUGAGCCACUGCCUCAAGAGAGAUAUUCUGAUUUUCCAGAAAUACAUUUUUUGCCUGAAAAGACUUCCACUUCAAAAUAUAUUUUCAAGGAUCUCGUCACAAAAAAGAAUCUUUACGAAUGUCCAAUUUACCGGACUUCUCAGAGAACAGAAUCAGUAACCUCUCCUGGCAUGUUUACCAACUUCAUAACGUCAGUGUUUUUGAAAACACAGAAACCUCCCCCUCACUGGAUCACAAGACGAGUGGUAUUGCUGUCUGAACUCAGUGAAUGAAAGAAAAGUUCCUUCAUAGUUAUCAUAUUUAACAGCUGAGACGAAGCAGUAGACCAAACAUAAAAGAAAUUUGUAUGUAAGAAAGCAGGUCGUGAACAUCUUCAAUAAACAGUUAGCACAUAUGUGUCAGUUUCAAUAAAACCUUAUGA